GUGCUUAGAACCGCCAUUUUGUUUGUAUACGGUCUUCGUUGGUUUGAAUUCUACUCUUUAAAAUAUUUGAAUUUAGUUGGAAAACUAUGGAGAUUGGCAACGAAAUCACGCAGAAAAUAAAGACAGCAAUCAAAACAAAGCUGGUUGAGUAUGGUUCCUAUGUUGAUGACGAGCUUCCAGAUUAUAUUAUGGUCAUGAUUGCAAACAAAAGAAGUCAAGCUCAAAUGAUUGAAGAUCUUAACCUUUUUCUGGGUGACAAUAGUAAAAUUUUUUGUGAAUGGCUUCAUGAUUUAUUGUCAAAACUACAAGAGGUCACUGAAGGUGCAUUUGAAGUGAAGGUGCCCUUAAAGCGAAAAUCUGCAGAAAAUAAAACUUUGUCAAAGUCCGAAGGAAACAAUGCUGCAGCCGCUUCAAAAUCUGCUCAAAAACACAGUCCAAUAAGGAUGAAUGUGAAUACUAAUGAUAUCAAAGACUUUUCCCAAGACACUUCUUAUGAUGGAAGCGGGAAAAAACGUCAAAGAGCUGACAGACAAGAUGAAAAGAAAUCUGGUCUGGUGCAAAGUGCGAUCACCGUGCAAAAAAAGCCAAGCCUGUCACCAUCUAAGCAAGCAAACGCAUUGUUACUGAAGAAAGCCAUGCAUGCUGCUCAAGCGUCUACAGUUGAAGGUGAAUACAAUCCUGAACGACCUUCCACGACCCAGCUGCCCGUGGUCUCCGAUGCGGAGACUAAGAAACAGAAAAAAGAGCAACUCAUGGCCGAACAUAAGAAACUUCAAAGGAUUAAAUCACAACAGGAAGAGGAAAAACUGCAGGAACCAAUGAUUGAGCUUCAGGCCGCCGAAGACGAUGAUCUAUUUAAGACGGAAGAUAAAACUGGAGUGAAAGACCGACGCAUCGUUGUCGAGAGGAGCCCCGAACGUGACACGACGGACGAUCACGAAAGCGAAGAACAUCAAUGGAAAGGCGCGAAGCGUAAAAUAAAAAAUGGCGAUUUGGGUGAUAUAAACGAUGGUGAAAAAGAAAACUCCAAAGAAAAAAAUGUUAAAACGAGGGAGAAACGAAAGAAACCGAAGUUCAUCGUGACAUUGGAGGGCGUCGAAAGCAAGUUCGAAGAAAUGUACGAGAAAGAACACUCGAGAAAGAAACGACGUCGUAAAACAACCGAUGUUCCAGAUGCUGAAAGGGAUAUUCCCGUUAUGCCCGUCUAUCCACAGUUUGUACACGGAGUACAUCAAGUUCCCGGAAUUAUGUCAGCUACACCUGUGAAUCACGACUUGUUCCCGCCACAUAUCCAAUCGCUUCAUGUAAUACCCCCUCGUCCUUCGUUUACCUCUCAAGCUCACGGUGCUACGGCAAAACCUUGCAAGCAUUUUCCAAACUGUCGAUAUGGAAAUGAUUGUGUUUAUUCGCAUCCUCCAUGUAAAUUUGGAUCACGCUGUACGUCGUCAUCCUCUUGUCCUUAUUCGCACGAUAAUGUUCAAUCAUUAAAAACAAACGAAAAUGAACGGAUCAUUUGUCGGUAUUAUCCUCAUUGUUCUCGUCCGAACUGCGUUUUCCUCCAUAUUGUGGACAAGCCUUGGCAAUAUGGAAAGACCAGUCAUAUCACACCUCCACCACGUGACCAGUUGAAGUGGGUCGCCCCUGCUGUAGCCGGUGCUAAAGUUCACAUCAGUGAGAGGAAGUUUGCUGUGAAGGAAACGAGUACGACAGCGUUGCCUGUUCAAUAACGGAAAUAAAAACGACGAUAUGGGUACUUUGUGAGAAAGAACGAGGAAAAAUAUUGAAUUAAAUCUAUUUUAUCAUAUUUUCAAACGCGUUUGAAGCUCGAGAAAACUAAAUGAUUAAAACCUACAAAUGAAAA